CUCUUUCACUCAGGAUUCCUCAAUCGAGAGGAGGUUCAUUCAUCAUGAAUGACAAUGAUAGCUGAAUCAUGGACUCAAAGAUUCUUUUUCUUUUUUUCCAGGAUGAACGCCAGGACAAAAUGAACCCUCUUGUCCAGCCACAGCCUUUUUUCUAUCCUAAUGCUGAGCCCAUCCCUUACACUGUUCUCCCACAAAACAUCCUGCCCCUUGCUCAGCCCGCUAUGAUGCUGCCUCUCCUUCAGCCUGAAGUGAUGGAAGUCCCCAAUACUAAGGAGACCAUCAUUCCUAAGCCCAAUGUGAUGCAGUUGCCUAAAUCUCUAGUAAUGCCAUUUCUUCAGCGCCAGAUCCCAAACCUCAAUGAUUUCAAAGCACAGCUCCCUCUGCCUCUGCUCCAGCCCUGGAUGCCCCAGAUCCCCCAGCCUGUUUUUCAGACUCCCAUGCUUCCCACUCAGCCCCUGGUCACCCUUCCUCAGACCAAAGUCCUGCCUCUUCCCCAGCAAGUGCUGGCCCACCCCCAGAAAGCUAUGCCUGCCCAAGCCCUUAUGCUGAACCAAGAGCUUCUGGUUGACCCUACCCAGGCAUUCUAUCCCAUGACUCAACCUAUUGUCCCAGCUUACAACUUCCAACAAGUAAGUCCUACUUUAUUAACUCUGUUGUUUCAUUCAUGAUGUGUAUAUGAUAGUAGAAGAUGUGAGAGAUCCAGAAUAAAAGAAUAAAUGAAUAUUUAAUGGACAUCCUAAUGCACAUAGUUG